AUCAAGAGAGAGGCUACCAGCCACUCCCCUCAAACCUGUCUCACCAACUCACAUCUAGAAGCUAAAAUUAGGGUCACUGCGCUCUUUCUCUUUCUGGUUGUGUGUGUGUGUGUAAUAGUCAAAAGGCUAUAUAAAAAAGCAUCUAAAGUGCUCUCAAAGGGCCGGCCUCAAUGUUCCUGCAACACAAAAAACAAGGCCUCCAUUUCAUUUUCCACCCUUACUACUUCUCCUAGAUUCUAAUUAUAAUAUAUACACACACAUAUAUAUCAUAUCAUAUUAUAUUUUAUACUAGUGUGUAUAGUAUUGAAAAACUGCAAACGUAGGCUACUAGUGCUGCUAGUUUCCACAAGUUGAAAAAGGUUUCUUUGUGUUACUGAAUUAUGGGAAGGUCUCCUUGUUGUGAGAAAGCUCAUACGAACAAAGGUGCGUGGACUAAAGAAGAAGAUGAUCGCCUCAUAGCUUACAUCCGAGCCCAUGGUGAAGGUUGCUGGCGUUCACUCCCUAAAGCUGCUGGCCUUCUCCGCUGUGGCAAAAGUUGUAGACUUCGUUGGAUCAAUUACUUAAGACCUGAUCUUAAACGUGGCAAUUUCACUGAAGAAGAAGAUGAGCUCAUUAUCAAGCUGCACAGCCUUCUUGGUAACAAGUGGUCUCUUAUAGCGGGGAGAUUACCAGGAAGAACAGAUAAUGAGAUAAAGAAUUACUGGAACACACAUAUAAGAAGGAAGCUAUUGAGCAGAGGUAUUGAUCCAGCAACUCACAGGCCACUCAAUGAGGCUUCUCAGGAUGUAACAACAAUAUCUUUCAGUGGUGCCAAAGAAGAGAAAGAGAAGAUUAAUACUAACAGUAAUAAUAACCCUAUUGGAUUUAUCACCAAAGAUGAAAAGAAAAUCCCAGUUCAAGAAAGGUGUCCAGACUUGAAUUUGGACCUCAGAAUUAGCCCUCCUUAUUACCAGCAAACCCAACCAGAGUCAUUCAAAACUGGAGGAAGAACUCUUUGUUUUAUUUGCAGCUUGGGAGUUAAAAACAGCAAAGAUUGCACUUGCAGCACCAUCACUACUGCUGCAGGUAGCAGCAGCAGCAGCAGUAGUAGCCACAGCAACAGCAACAACAGCAGUGGUUAUGAUUUCUUAGGCUUGAAAUCUGGUAUCUUGGAAUAUAGAAGUUUGGAAAUGAAAUAAUGAAGAGUGAAAAUUUGGAUUUUUAACUAUGUAGUUCAACUCCCCGAAAAAAAUAUUGGAGAGAAAUGACAAGGAGAUCAUUGUUAUUAGUUUUAAAAUCUCUUUCAUUUCUCUUUUUUUAUUUCUAAUUUGUAUGAUUAUUAUAUCACAUUAUAUAUGCAUAUAUUAGUAGUAUA